GUUCACUUCUAUUCAAUAUCAUUUCACAACUGACUGUCAAUUAUGUUCAAAGGCACUUUGUUAGUUCUCCUCUCCAUAGGAUGGGUUCAAUCUGGAUCUAUACUGUUCUACAUGAGCAUGGGCUCCAAUAGCCAUUGGAACACUUGGCAGCCGCUCAUUCACAAACUGGCAGAGAGAGGUCAUAACCUCACCGUUGUAAGCCCAUUUCAGGAUAAAGUACUUCAGAAAGCUCCCAAUGUCAAAUCGGUGAUCACUGAAAUUGACUUUACUAAAGCCACCAACUCCACAGCAGUGUUUAGCGGCGAGAAAAUGAUGAACUUUGCCAAGUUCAAGGACAUUAUGAUCGCGGGUCAAAACAAAGUGAUGGCCAUGCCGGAGAUCCGGGAAAUGGUCGAUCACAAACCCGAUUUUGACGUGGCUAUAGUAUUCAUCACCAGCAUCGAUGCCGUUUUCUACGCCUUAACGGAGAUCCACAAGAUCCCCUUUGCGUUUUACUUUCCCGCCACACGGAUUCCAGCAUACGAUUUCCUUAUGGGCAACCCUGUUAAUCCUUCCUACAUUCCCGUGGAGUUCCUUAAUUACUCUCAAGAGAUGACAUUUCUACAACGAGUAUUGAACACGUUGGUUUUGGUGGGAAUGGAGACAUUCGUGCGGUUUUCUUAUUGGAUGUCCAUCAGCCCAGAAGUUCAGAGACACCUAAAUCUGACCGAGAGACCGGAUGUUUGGGGAGCGGGUAAAAAUGCGGAGCUUCUUUUCACGAAUUCUCAUCCUAUUUAUGAUGGAGUAAGGCCGAUUAAUCCCAAUACCAUCUUUGUGGGGGGAAUCCAUUGCCGUGAAGGAAAGGCACUACCCAAAGAUAUUCAGAAAUGGAUGGAUGAAGCUGAGCAUGGAGUGAUCUAUGUUUCAUUUGGUUCGAUCCUCACGGGAAGCAACAUGCCUUUGGAGAAGCAACAACAACUCAUGAACACUUUGGGGCGGUUGAAGCAACGCGUCAUUUGGAAAUGGGAAACCGAGGAAAUGACCAAUAAGCCCAGCAACAUUCUCCUUAAAAAUUGGUGCCCCCAGCAAGACAUAUUGGCCCAUCCCAAUGCCAAGCUCUUCAUCACUCACGGAGGCUUGCUCAGCACACAAGAAGCCCUCUUCCACGGUGUGCCCAUGAUCUACAUGCCCGGAUUUGCCGACCAAUUCGCCAAUGCGGCCAGAGCCGAGAGACUGGGAUUUGGAAAGCAAAUUGAUUGGCCAGAUCUCACCGAGGAGUUACUCUACUCAACCAUCAUGGAGGUGACGACGAAUCCCUCUUUCGAUUCGACCUUGGAGCGGAUGUCAUCGUUGUUCAAAGACAAUCCCAUCCAUCCUCUAGAUAAAGCGGUUCACAGUGCGGAGUUCCUGAUUCGUCACAAAGGAGCCAAGCACCUGAGACCGGCUAAUAGACAUCUCAAUUGGUUCCAAUUUUGUUGUUUAGAUGUCGCACUUUUUAUAGGUGGCUGUUUGAUUAUGAUUUUAUCAUUUGUAUUCUUUAUGGUUCGGUGCUUGUUUCGUUGUUGUUGCGGUUCCCGGAUCCCGAGUGCCAAGUUGAAAAGCCAAUAGUAAUGAUUGAAUGAUAGUGUA